GCUCUACCACGGAACUGUGUCCCUUCCUUGAUAAUAACACUGAGCUCACUGGCAAACGCAGAAGAAGAGGGUCCUUUCAUUGAUAGUCACAGCCAGACCCCCUCACAGCCACAGUCCUUCUAAGGAGUCAAUGGAAAGGCCUUAAGACCUGGUGUGGAAAAUCCAGUUUAAUCAUGGAACUGGAUAAGUCUUCUGUCUGGGGAUCGUUCAAACAAAAAACAAGAAGGUUACAGAACUUCAGCAUCAGAAGGACUAAGAAAAGCUCUUCUAAACUAGUGGAGACCAGGAAAAGGCAUCCAUUAGACCGGCGUCUUAGUUCCUCAGUACCGGACAUGUUGGACGUGGAGACAGUUGUUGAAGAAGAAAUGAAUUGUUCACGUUCCAAGGCUCUGUCCACUUAUUUCCCCAGUGGUUUUUCUGCAACGGAGAUGUUCUUUCAGGAGAGCAGCAGCUCUUCCUCAAAACAGACUGGGGAGAAGUGGCAGUGGAACCAGCAGGAGACUGUACGCUUGGAAAUUGGAGUUGAGGAACCCAUUGCUUGUGGCCCACAGUUGGACGUGAAGCGGAAAUCCAGUGAAGAUCUCUUUGAAUUGUUGAAAAGAAGCAGUUUUAGCAGUGACCUUGCAGAAGAUGUUCUUGAGCGUUCGUAUGGCGGAGGCUCCAUCCUUGACUCCUCCAGCUCUUCUCAGCUGUUUGAGGAGCAGUCGAUGCUUGAGGAAGGAAGCGAUGGUUUGAGCAAAUUGCCCACCACAUUUGCAUAUCUGUUAACAAUACAUCUGAAGGAAGGCAGAAACCUGGUCAUCAGGGAUCGCUGUGGUACGAGUGACCCUUAUGUGAAGUUUCAGCUGAAUGGGAAAACGCUUUACAAAAGCAAAGUCAUCUAUAAGAACCUGAACCCUGCUUGGAAUGAAACUGUCAUAAUUCCAAUACAGGCCCUUGACCAAAGACUCUGCGUGAAGGUGUAUGAUCGAGAUUUAACCUCUUCAGACUUUAUGGGUUCAGCGGUUGUCAUGCUGAGUGAACUGGAACUGAACAGGACUAGUGAGUUGACCCUAAAACUGGAAGAUCCAAACAGCUUAGAGGAUGACAUGGGUGUGAUAUUGUUGGACGUGAGGCUUGCCGUGAAACAAGCAGAUGUUAAAAGAAAUAGAUGGACGAACCGAAGAAAGCGUUCUACCCCCAAGGCAAGUGUCAUUCGAUCCUUCAGGCUGACAGAUUCCUGGCGGAAGAGCCAGCUGUGGAAUGGGACGGUGACCAUUGCCUUAAUAGAAGGGAAGCACAUCCCUGCAGGGGGCAUGGCACAGAUAUUUGUUUUGUUGAAAAUGGGAGAGCAAAAAUACAAGAGCAAGACACUAUGUAAGAGUGCAAAUCCACAGUGGAGGGAACAAUUUGAUUUUCACUACUUCUCUGACAGGAAGGAUGUGUUGGAGAUUGAGAUCUGGGGAAAGGAUAACAAAAAGCACGAAGAAGUUUUGGGAAUGUGUAAAGUUGAUGUUAGUGCGCUCCCUGGAAAACAAGCCAACCAUUUGGAAUUGCCCUUGGAGAGACAGCCUGGGUCCCUGUUGAUGGUGAUCUCUGUCAUUCCCUGCUCAGGAGUUUCUAUCUCUGAUUUGUGCGUUUGCCCUCUGGGAGACCCCAGUGAGAGGAAACAACUUUUCCAGCGCUAUUGCAUAAGGAACUCUUUCCAUAACAUAAAGGAUAUUGGAUUUUUGCAAGUAAAAGUAUUAAAAGCUGCUGAUCUGUUGGCUGCUGAUUUUUCUGGAAAAAGUGACCCCUUUUGUGUGUUGGAGCUGGGGAAUGGCAGACUUCAGAGUUUCACUGUUUACAAAAACCUUAAUCCAGAAUGGAACCAGGUCUUCACAUUCCCCGUUAAAGACAUCCACGAUGUUCUAGAAGUGACGGUGUUUGAUGAAGAUGGAGAUAAGCCUCCAGAUUUCCUGGGGAAAGUUGCGAUCCCUUUACUGUCUAUUAGAAAUGGUGAGCAAAGUUGCUACACACUGAAGAACAAAGACCUGGAACUUCCCUCAAAAGGUGUCAUCUACUUGGAGCUGGAUGUUCUAUUUAAUCCUGUAAAAGCCAGUAUCAGAACCUUUUUUCCACGCGAAAGGCGGUUUUUGGAAGACAAUCGCAAGUUUUCAAAGAAGAUCUUGUCGAGAAACGUUGACCGUGUGAAAAGAAUCACUAUGGCAAUAUGGAACAUGAUACAGUUUCUCCAAAGCUGCUUUCUGUGGGAAUCUCCCGUCAGGAGUGUGAUAGCAUUUGUGGUAUUCGUUGUCACGGUUUGGCAUUUUGAUUUGUACAUGGUGCCCUUGGCUUUACUGCUCCUUUUUGCUUACAACUUCUCCCUCAUCUCUCCAGAGAAAGUGUCCAGCGCACAAGACCCCCAGGACUGCAUUGAUGUAGAGGAGGAUGAAGAUGACGAUGACAAGGAAUCUGAUAAAAAAGGCUUGAUAGAAAGAAUCCACAUGGUUCAAGACAUUGUUAUAACAGUCCAAACACUUUUGGAGGAAAUCGCAUCUUUUGCAGAGAGGAUAAAGAACACAUUCAACUGGACAGUUCCUUUCCUCUCUAGCCUGGCCUGUUUAAUCCUUGCAGUAGUCAUGAUCACCCUGUAUUACAUACCACUAAGGUACAUCGUUUUAAUCUGGGGCAUAAAUAAAUUUACUAAGAAGCUUAGAAACCCUUAUGCCAUUGACAAUAAUGAGUUGCUCGACUUCCUCUCCAGGGUGCCAUCUGAUGUUCAAAGGGUGCAACGUGCUGAAUUGAAACCAUACAGUGGCUCUAGUCCCAUUAGGAAGAAACGGAGCGCUCUGUAGGAUAUGAAGCUUGGAAUGCGUCGUGCGCGCGCACACACACAUAGACACACUCCGUUGCAAAUGUACACGCAGGAUCUCCCCUGCCCUCUCCUGAUCAGUCCAGCGCUGUGGUCCCUGCCUUGUGUCCAAGAUGUUUCAUCUGCAAGACAUGCAUCAACAUAUAUAGAUAUAUCUUGUGUAUCUGACGCUUUUUCCAAGCACAUUGAUAUGCUCCUGUAAGAACCAAAUGAAAACUGGAGAAGCUGGAAUGGCUUUCAGUGUGGAUUUUGGAGUCGAAACCAUACAAGGGACUUCCUCUGAUUUUUGUAUCAUAGAAAAACAAUCUCUCUCUUUUUGCUUUGCACAGCAGAUCAACAAAGCUGAUAUGAAAUGUUCUGGGUUACUUUACUUUUUAAAACAUAUCCAGCAGAUUGGCAUCGAGACAGAAGAAAAGAGUCAUUGUUAGGCCAAAUGACAGUGUGUAGAUGGUAUUCAACUCUCAAUUAGUGAGUCUUUGAUGCCCAACUUCGGCUUUAAGCAAUGUACAGUUUGAAAAAUUGUUCUAUCAUAAUUACGAGAAAUUGCUUAGUGCUGUAGCAGUCUCAAUUUUUUCUCACCCAGCAGUUGCUGCUGAUGUUUAUUCAUUAUAAACUGUUUGUACCUGCUGCUGUUCUUGGGAGGAGUCUUUUGCUGGCAACAGACUUCCUUCAAUCAGCCACUCAACAGGAAUACCAGAACGAAAUCUUCUCUGGACCCUAUGGAUUUCUGAUUUUACCUUCUAAAAUUCCAUCUUAUCAAACACUUUGUCCCUUCCCGCCACACCUUAAUCUAAAGACUUGCCAACACUACAUAUGCAAAGUAUUUUUUAUAACCUUAUAUGCAUUGAUUUGCAUCAUGCCAAAGGAAAUGCUAUAAAAAAAUGCCUGUGAUUUUUUUAUUUUUUUUAAAUGAGCUAUUUUAAAAA